UUGCGCGCAUGCGUUUGCGCCUCUGAAUUAUUGCACCGCUCCGGACUAAGUUGCAUUCCUCGAAACCUUCCCCUCUCUCGAAGGCAUUACUGCAAUCAAAGUUAGGAAUGUGGAAAAUUCAACACCGAGGAUGCUUCGGGAUCCUGUCCAUCCCCGUGAUGGUGGCCAUGGUUUCCUACGCACAGAGCGUCAACGAGUCCAGCAACAUGUCAUAUGUGAAAGAAACGGUGGAUAGUUUGCUGAAGGGGUAUGACAUUCGACUGAGACCGGAUUUUGGAGGUCUCCCUGUGGAUGUUGGCAUGAGGAUAGACAUUGCCAGCAUAGACAUGGUCUCCGAAGUAAAUAUGGAUUAUACUCUGACAAUGUACUUUCAGCAGUCCUGGAGAGACAAGAGGCUGUCUUAUUCUGGAAUACCUUUGAACCUCACUCUAGACAACAGGGUGGCUGACCAGCUCUGGGUGCCUGAUACCUACUUCAUUAAUGACAAGAAAUCCUUUGUGCAUGGAGUUACAGUGAAGAACCGUAUGAUUCGACUACAUCCUGACGGAACAGUUCUUUAUGGCUUGAGAAUCACAACUACAGCUGCUUGCAUGAUGGACCUGCGGAGGUACCCCUUAGAUGAACAGAACUGCACGCUGGAAAUCGAGAGCUAUGGCUACACAACCGAUGAUAUUCAGUUCUAUUGGAGCGGUGGUAAAUAUGCAGUCACAGGAGUAGAAAAGAUUGAAUUGCCACAGUUCGACAUAGUUGAUCACCAGAUGAUUUCAAAACUAGUGGUUUUUGCCACAGGUUCUUAUCCAAGGUUAUCAUUGAGUUUUAAGCUGAAAAGAAAUAUUGGCUAUUUCAUCUUACAAACAUACAUGCCCUCAACCUUGAUCACAAUUCUCUCAUGGGUAUCCUUCUGGAUCAACUAUGAUGCUUCUGCUGCAAGAGUUGCCCUAGGAAUCACAACUGUACUCACCAUGACAACUAUCAAUACUCACCUCAGGGAAACUCUUCCGAAGAUCCCCUAUGUUAAGGCCAUUGACAUUUACUUGAUGGGCUGCUUUGUCUUCGUAUUCCUGGCUUUACUGGAGUACGCCUUUGUAAACUACAUCUUCUUCGGGAGAGGGCCACAGCUUCAGAAGAAAGCAGCUGAGAAAGCUGCUCAGACCAACAAUGAGAAGAGCAGGAUGGAAACCAACAGAGUGCAGGUUGAUGCCCACGGAAAUAUUAUCCUGACAACACUCGAAAUUAGGAAUGAAGUCACCGCUUCAGAGGUGCUGACAAGUAUCAGUGAUCCAAGAGGGACCAUGUAUUCUUAUGACAGUACCAACAUCCAGUAUCGAAGGCCAACUGCAGGCAGAGAUGGCUACGGUAGAAGCACGUUGGAAAGGCAUAUGGUUCAGAAGAAAGGACGUUUACGGAGACGGGCGUCACAACUUAAAGUCAAAAUCCCAGAUCUGACUGACGUGAACGCCAUAGACCGGUGGUCACGGGUAGUCUUUCCUAUUACAUUUGGUUUUUUUAACUUAGUGUACUGGCUCUAUUAUGUCCACUAAGCCAAACAUUAUGUACAAU